GCUUCCCCAAUCUAAUCACCACCACCUCGAACCCACAUCCUGAUGCAGCCAUGAACUUUCUACACCACCAAAGCGCUGAGUGGGACCCUCCGGUAGUCUCACCAUCUUCUCCGGGAAUCCGCUCCCCACUGACGGCCUCCGUACGCCCCUCAGAUCCUCUCGACGCACCCGAUUACGAUCCCAUCGACCACCUGAACGCGCUCUUCUCACACCCAUCUACACUCGGCAGCGUUACUCCCGUCGCUCAAUCCCUCGAUAGCCACCUCGACGCGCUCGACGACGAGAUCACAGAUCUUGUCAUCACCCAGUCCGCUACCAAUGCCGACUCACUCGCACGGAUCUCGGCAGCAAAGGCGGACCUCUCGGAGCUGUUCAAAAACAUCGACACGGUGCGCACAAGGGCCAUGCGCACCGAGGAAGCGAUUACCGCCAUGACGGCCGACAUCAAGAAGCUUGAUUCGACAAAGCGGAACUUGACGCUAUCUAUGACCAUGCUCAAGAGGCUUCAGAUGCUGACGACGGCAUUUGAACAGCUCAAGGCGAACACAAAGAUGCGGCAGUACCGGGAGUCUGCAUCGUUACUUUCAGCUGUGCUCGAGCUUAUGACCCACUUCAAAUCGUAUCGCUCCAUCACGCAGAUCGCAACCCUAUCUCGAAACGUCGCCGACCUCAGGGCGGAGCUAUUGGAGCAAGUUUGCGAAGACUUCGAGCUUGCGUUUGUAAAAGACGAGGUUGCGUCAAGGAAGGGGAUGUUGUCGGAGGCUUGCAAUGUUGUGGAUGCGCUCGGCGACACGGCGAGGCAAAGGAUCGUGAAUUGGUACUGCAACACCCAGUUACGAGAAUAUCGGCAGGUCUUCCGAGGGAACGAUGAGGCGGGAAGCUUAGACAACAUUUCACGGCGGUAUGCUUGGUUCAAGCGCAUGUUGAAGGUUUACGAUGAGGAACACGCAGGAAUAUUCCCACCAAGUUGGAAGGUCAACGAAGUGCUGGCGAAUAGUUACUGUGAUGGAACCAAAGAUGACUAUAAAGGCAUUCUGCAACGGGCCAUGAGAAAGGAGAGUGGUAAAAGUUUGGACGUCAACCUGCUCCUUAGUGCGUUGCAGGAGACGUUGGACUUUGAACUCUACCUGGAACGGAGAUUCGGUGCGGAUCCCAGGAUGUCGAUGGAGACAAUGUCACCAAAAGACGACCGAGAGCGAUCACCGACCACAUUCAGCAAAACUAUCUCGGAAGCCUUCGAACCAUACCUUUCACUUUGGGUGGAAGCGCAAGAGAAAACCCUCUCGCAAAUGAUACCUCAAUACCGCAGCCAACCUUUGCGUCCUCCCAACUCUCCAGAAGAAGACUUCAACCCUGCCUCUUCCGUCCUUCCCUCAAGCAUCGAGCUUUUCCACUUCUACCGUCAAACACUCGCCCAAUGUGCCAAACUAUCCACCGGCGCCAAGCUACUCGAGCUCUCCAGGAUAUAUGGAAGGUGCCUCGACGAGUACGCCGACACAGUAUUGGCAUCUUACCUCAACACAUCUGAGCGCCUUCCUGUCGAAGAGAUAGCAGUAAUCCUAAACACCGCGGAUUACUGUCACACUACAACUGCUCAACUCGAAGAACGCAUCAGAAGUCGAAUCGACAAACCACUGGAUGAGCGGAUCGACUUUGAGCGGCAAAGCGACAACUUCAUGGGAGUAGUGAGCAAGGUGAUUUUCACCCUAGUCCGCCGGGUGGAAGUUGCGCUGGAGCCCGGAUGGCGGGAAAUGCGCAACUGCCCUUGGGCACGCAUGGAAUCCGUGGGAGACCAGUCCGGAUACGUCGGCGUCCUCCUGGAAAAACUGAAGGUUUCGGCUCAGGAAGUAAUAGAUGUCAUCGGGAAGGACGUGUGGCGCCGAUCCUUUUGCGACCGUGUCGUCGAGACUGUUGUGGCAGGAUUCCUCGCGUCCAUUGUGGCCUGUAGGCCGAUAGGCGGUGUAGGUGCCGAGCAGAUGCUGUUGGAUGCGUAUGUGAUCAAGAAGGCGCUGGAGGAAGUCAUCACGUUACGGAAACCUGCCGCCCACCCGGGCCAUGAGGAGGCGUCUGCGCAACCCCCACAAUCAUACCUCAAGCAUGUCACGCGGACCCUCGCAAAGUUGGAUGGGCUCUUGAAGACCCUACAGGUCUCAACUUCGCCCUCGGAGGGUAUCGUGCAAGCGUAUCUCAUUCACAUUGCCGACUCCAACCCUGGAAACUUCAAGAAGGUGUUGGAUCUGAAGGGAGUACGGAAGGUGGAGCAGGCGGCAUUUGUAGAGUUGUUCAAGGUUCAUGUUCCGGCACACGAUGGGCUGGUGGAAAACAGUCCGGUGAUGGCAGGAUUAAACUUGGGCACUGUCUCAUCGGUUGGGCAAGGGAUGGUAGGAGGUUCGGGGCAGAGCAGUGCACCGGGAGGUAGUAAGGGCGGCUUCGAGAACCUGAGUGCUGUUCUGGCGGCUGCUAGAGAUGGCGUUGAUACAUUGCGGAAGGAGGGAGACAUCAAGGAUGGUGGGCUUGGAAAGUUGUUCCGGAGAGAUGGUAGUGGCGGGUUCAGAUUUGGCAGGGAGAGAGAGGGCGGUUGAGCGUUGGAUUGCCCGUUAGCUUUGCUUUGCUUAUUCAAGUCUAUUUCUUGUCAUUUACUCCAUUAUAUGGACAGAGUCGCCGCGAGGCGCGAGUGAUACUGGGUAUGUCAAGAGGUGC